AUGCCCGAAUCAAUCCCGCGUGCACAACUGCAGGAUAACGAAGACCCCUGCGAACCAGAUCCAACACCAAAUGGUGCCGAUAUUUCGAAAGAAGGGGGGUAUGACUGGGUAUGCGUAGCAGGUACCUUCCUGUUGAAUGCUCAUACAUGGGGCAUUAAUAGUGCUUAUGGCGUGUUCCUCUCUUUCUAUCUCUCCAGCAACAUAUUCCCUGGUACUACAGCUCUUGAGUAUGCAUUCAUUGGUGGUUUAAGUAUUUCCUGCGCCAUGCUGGUAUCUCCUAUUGCAACAUAUAUCAGCCAGAAAGUCUCUACCCGCCUUGUCUUAAAUAUCGGCACAACACUGGAAACACUGUCUCUGAUCACAACAUCAUUUGUCUCAAAAAAUUGGCAGUUAUUCCUCUCCCAAGGAGCAUGCUUUGGGUUUGGUAUGGGUUUCUGCUUCAUUGGAUCUGUUGGGAUUGUGUCUCAAUGGUUUGACAGAAGGCGAAGCUUGGUCAAUGGUAUUGUGGCCUCAGGCUCUGGUGUUGGAGGGCUUGUUUAUUCGCUUGCAACGGGGAAAAUGAUUCUUAGCUUGGGCUUUCCAUGGGCAGUGCGUGUUACCGGAAUUCUGUGCUUCUCAGUGAAUAUCAUCUCAGGAAACCUCCUCCGACAACGUUCUAAGCCCAGUAAAAAAGGCGCUGUUUUUCAUCUAUCACUUCUUAUGCGACUGGAAUACAUUUUGUUUCUGGAAUGGGGAUUUCUAAGUGCAAUGGGCUAUUUUGCCUUGUUCAGUAUGUCAAGUUAUACUGUUGCCAUUGGACACACGCAGAGCCAGGGAAGUCUUGCAAGCGCGCUGCUGAACCUGGGACAAGCAAUUGGUCGUGCAUUAAUAGGUCUGCUCAGUGAUCACUUUGGCCGUGUUGCAGUGCCCUUUGUUGCCACCUUCCUCACAGGCCUAUUUUCACUGGUGAUUUGGAUUUUUGCAAAAUCUCUGGGAGUGAUUCAUUUCUUCUCUAUGAUAACAGGUCUCUUUGCAGGAACAUUAUGGGCUGCGGCAGCUCCUAUGGGCACUGAGGUUGUUGGCCUACCAGAUCUCCCAAGUGCGUUGGGGAUUCUAUGGCUUGUGCUUACUCCUCCAACAGCAGUGGCCGAAGCCAUUGCUGUCCAGCUUCGGGGUAGUCAAGCAGACAAUCGACCUUAUCUUCGGGUACAGAUCUUCAUAGGAAUUAUUUAUAUCGGUGCGGCUUUGUGUUUGGUCCCGAUGCGGAUACUCUUGAACCGGAAAAGGACAGGUUCGAAAACAGGAUGA